AAUCGAUGUGCACCUUUUGAAACGAGAUAAAGUUGUAGACGUGGGAAUAUUGCCAGUAUAUAUACCAGCAAGCAAAACAUCACACUUUCAGCUUCAGUAAGUAAACACAAAGGGCUGCGAAAGGCACUAGUUUCUUUGUUCCUGCUCUCUCUUACCAGAUGCCCAAAUCAGAAGCCCAACAGAACCGACCCCCUCCGGGGUACCCGACAGACGACCCGCCACACCCCAGGAAAAGGAAGUUCUUUUGCUGCAGCCGCACGAAGAUGAAAGGAGACUAUCGAGAGAGGGACUCUCGAGAGAAGGCCAUUCGAGAGAGGAGCUUCAUAGAUGGAUGCAUGUUUGCCCUAUGCUGCUGCUGGCUCUGCCAGGAAUGUUGCGCCUACUGAGAGUAAGCGAUAGCUUUGCGGGAGAAUUUCAUCAAUCUUCCACUUGGAGCUUUUGUGCGCGCAUCACAGAGUGUAGAAGUUCGCUAUGGAUAGUGUGGUGUAAUUCUUCCUUAGAUAAAGGGGAUCAUUACAAUAUUUUCCCCCGGCACGAGCAGGUUAUUCUUGAUUUGCCAUUUAUAUUACGCCUUUUUUUCCCAAA